AUGAACACCAUUUGGAUUAAACUGUUUGUGGCCGUCGCGGCCUGCCACGGCGUCCAGGCCAUGAACAUGGAAGCCCACAGCCACGCAACCUCCACGCUUUCUGCCCCCCUUAACCUCAGCACCGUGGUCCCUGUCGCACACGAGGCUCAUCACAUGCACGGCGUGCCUAUCCUCGAGACAGAACUCACUCCAGCAGAGAGAUUGUUCUGGGAGGCCUACAACACCACGUCCUACUUCACCGUCGAGACCCCCUACAAGUCGCAAUUGUACGUCCAUCUCGGCCUCGUCUACGCUGCUUUCAUUCUGGUGUACCCACUUGUGCUUGUUCUGCGCAACGUUAACUCGAAAUGGUUCCUUCCAUCGUUGACCGUGCAUUCCGCCAUGGUGAUCGCUUCGCUCUUUAGCUACUCGCUCUUCAUCAGCAACGCCCCGGACUUGUACCCAAACAACGCCUACUCCAAAAUGAGCACUGGCCUGUUCUUCCUUGUGAUUGUCCACCUGUUCAGCUCGUUUGUUUACACAGCCAAGAAAUGGCUCGAGGGCCCUUCGCCAGCUACGCACGCGCCAUUGCCAGGUAAAGACAUCCAGAUGAGCGAGCUCAACGGGUUUGCAUCGCCUUCGAGCACGCUGUAUGACUCAGACGACCGUCUGCAUCGUCUGAGCGCCGACUCGUUCGAUCUCGAGGACCAGGGCUCGUCCACGCCAACUAGCCACCGCUCGGUAGCCGCAUCACCACAGAAGCCCGAUUUUGUCCUCUCAAGAUUGUUCCAGCUGGCCCCCGUCGCCAAACUCGUGUCCAUCUUCGGAUUGGCCUCGACCUUUAAUUUCCACGUCCUUAAUUACGGUAUGCUGUGCUACUUUUUAAUUUACGCCCCAACGGGCAUCGCUGUGCUCAGCUGUAUCGGCAUGGGCAAUCACGUGUUCAACUUGCUGGCACACUUCAUUAAAGGCGGCGUUUUCUUCAGUCUUGGAAUCGUCUCACUCACCAGAUACUGCGGCGGCUGGACCAAGCUCGGCUGGGCUUGGAACAGGUCGUAUAUCCUGCCUUUUGAGAAGCCUACGUCGUUCUGGUACAAGCUCCAGCCUAAAAACGGCAUGAUCACCAUGGAAAUGGUGGAGAGCUCGCUAAUUCUGUUCUACGGCUCUACCAACGUCUUUCUGGAGCACCUGGCUGCUCCGGGCGGCCCAUGGACGGCGAAGGACCUCCAGCACGUGUCGAUCGCUUUCCUGUACAUCGGUGCGGGCUUGUGCGGCGUGGUGGCGGAGCUGAAACUCGCCGACUGGCGUCUUGAGAAGUUCUACUCCCAGGUCGGCUCAGACUUUGAGGUCCAGGGAUACCGUCCUGCUCACGUGACCCCAGGAUUCAGUCCUAAUCCGUUCCCAGCCUUCACGAUUUUCUGGACCGGGCUGCUGAUGUCGCAGCACCAGCAGGCCUCUGAGCUCUCUACGAGUGUCCAUGUGCAGUGGGGAUCGCUUUUGACGUACGGCUCUGUGGUUCGGUUGGUGACCUUCCUGCUAAUGAUCUUCUUCCCAAAGAGCCAGUCGUUCCAGCCAUCCAGACCGUUCACAGAGCUCAUCACGUCUUUCUGUCUGCUCUGUGGAGGUCUGGUCUUUAUGGAGAGCACGGAUCCUGUCAUCAUGGCGCUCGAGUACAGAGGCUUGACCCCAAUGUUCACGAUGAACGUGAGCGUGGGCGUGGUUUCGCUGCUGAUGGCCUGGAUCAUGUGUGUGUUCUCCAUCAGAGACCGGCUCAAAACCGGCUCGCACUAA